CGUUUUUUAUUCUAUAUUCGCGCCGUUAACUUUCGCGCAGCUCCCGCCGGAUCGAUACUUUGCUUUCCGUUUUGCGUAUUUUAAUCCUAACCUAGAGUAAUUUCAAUAUUUGCAAAUCUAGUCUUUGCCAUGUAAAGUUCAAUCUUUUCAAUUACAGUGACUAUUUUUUGGGUCUGUUUUUCCGGAGGGUCUUCAAUUUACGAAGUUCGAAGCCAUUGAUGCGUAAGUCCAGGUUGUUUUGCUUCUCAUUUUUUGCUUUUCUAAAUUGUAUACUGUUGGAUGACUAAUCGAUAAACAUGUAUAAUGGCAUUGGUCUACAAACACCCAGAGGUUCUGGUACAAAUGGACAUGUCCAGAGAAAUUGGGCAGUCAUUCGCAAAACGAAAGAAAAAGAUACCUAUAAAGCACAUGAAGAAAAAGUUGAUUCUGCGAGUAAGCAACCAAACAAAGAAAUUCUCGACCAUGACAGAAAACGCAAAAUAGAAAUAAAAUGCACCGAACUCUCAGACAUUUUAGAAGAAAAAGGAUACUCUGCAAAAGAAAUUGAAGAAAAAGUGGAAAGUUAUCGUUCAAUGCUGAGGGGCAAAGAUGAGAGACCCUCCGUGCCGACUGAUGAAUUUGGACGAGUAACUGUUCGAGAAACCCAUCAAAUUGCAGAGGCACAGCAGGAAAAAAAUGCAAUGCUACGAGAAGCUUUCGGAAUUUCGGAGUAUUUUAAGGAAGGUAGCAGUUUAGAUCCGGAGCGUCAUGCACGAGAAGCGGAAGCCAAGGCGGCUGCAAUAGCGGCCGCAGCGGCAGCCGCUGCUGCUGCAAAUAGUAAAGUUUACAAGAUUGUUCGUACACCGAGUCCAGUACCCGAAGAAAUUACAGUCGCUGAGAAAAAGGAAAAGCGAAAACGCUCAGGAAGCACGUCCAAGAAGAAAAAGAAGAAAAACAAAAAAGAACGGUCUGAAUCGCCGAAAGUCAGUAAAAAGAAGGAAAAAACAAAGAAAAAGAAAAAGGAGAAAAAACACAAAAAGGCUGAGACUAGUUCGUCUGAUGAUUCAAGCGAUGACAGCGACGAUAGCAGUUCUUCAGAGGUUGAGUCAAAAAAGAAGAAACGCAAGAAGAAGAAAUCAAAGACAGAAUCGAAAGAAAAACCGGAGAAAAAGAAGGCCGCUAGUAAAAGGAAACGACAGUCUUCUGAAAGCUCCUCCGACAGUUCGACAGAGAAGCCGAAAAAAGCAAAAAACAAUAAAGCUGUGGAUAAAACGAAUGAUAAUGAGAAAUCCUCUCGUUCGAAUAAAUCGCCAAAGAAACAAGAGAAGCAAGACAAAAAUCGCAGUGAGAUAUCGACGACAAAAAAGAAAGAUUCACCAGCUAAGAAAAUUGUCAACGAGCGAAAAGAACGAUCGCCAAUUGUUGAGAAGACAAUUCACAAAAGUCCUCGUCGUGAUAGAUCUCAUUCGAGGUCUAGAAACGAUCGUGGCAGAUCACCGAGACGUCAUUCACGAUCAAGACGCACCUCACCGUCAACGAGAAAACGACGAAUUUCCCGAUCACCGAGACGUCAUCGCUAUUCAAUUUCGCGUAGCAGAAGUCGCUCAAGAAUUGAUCGUAGCUAUGGAUCGCGAAGACGAGGAGCAUCGUCAACCAAACGGCGAAGAUCACGAUCUAUCUCACGUCGGAGAUCAAAUUCACGAAGAAGAUCCACUUCACGGCGAAGGUCCGAAUCUCGUAGAAAAUCAGUAUCACGACGAAGAUCAUAUUCACGAAGACGAUCUGAUUCACGCAAAAGAUCGAAUUCAAGGCGUCGAUCUGAAUCACGCAGAAAAUCAGUGUCACGACGGAGAUCAAAUUCACGAAAACGCUCGAAUUCAAGAAGAAGAUCCGAAUCUCCAUCUCGACGACGAUCCAUUUCACGAAAACGCUCCAAUUCCCGAAGAAGAUCUAUUUCACGAAAAAGAUCUCUCUCACGUCGAAGAUCUAAUUCACGAAGACGAUCAAGAUCAAGGCGAAGAUCGAACUCGAGAAAAAAUUCCAUCUCCCGUCGACGAUCCAAAUCACCAAGGAAUAAAUCGAGACGUGAACGUCGUCGAUCUCGCAGUCGAUCGACAUUGAGCUACUCGCCAGUGAGAAAGAAUCCUGAGCGUUACGCGGACAUUCUCCAGGAUGAGAAGAAGAAAAAACCAUCCCGUAGGUCACGAUCAAGAAGCAAAAAGGCGCAAAUAGUGGCUCCAAGAGUAAGUUUACGUUCGUCAAGUGAGGACGAGGGACAAAUUGUCGACGACGAGCCAAAACCCGAGGACGAUGAACAGAGACAAAGGGAAAUCAUCACAUUACGACGUCUUCAAUCGGGUUUAGCCGCAAAGGCAAGAGAAUCACUCGGCAAAAAAGUUAUUAGUCCCAUUAAAAUUAAAAUUGAGACUGAGAAUAUUCUAGACAUUGCACUUCCUAAGGACGAUCCUCUAAAAGCAAUGCAACUUCCGAUUAUUUUACCAGAGAAUAAAGUUUUACCUCCAGUGCAAUCGCCAGUCUCGAGUAGAUCGCCAUCUCCAGCUCUCCCUCUGACUCGCGAGGAAGCAAUCAUUAAAAUUCGUUCACCAAGUGAAUCGCCACCAAAUUUAUCGAACAAGGAAAUUCGUUUUGAAAUGUCAAGCAGUGCAAAAAGCAAUUCAUCACCAUUGCAAUCGAAGAAGCACAAUCUCUCUUCUUCUUAUUCCACGUCAUCAUUGUCGAUUAUUCCACCGACGCCAAUUGGCAUUUCGAAUAAAAUUAUCAUUAUUUCCUCCUCGUCGCCGUGCAAUUCAAAAAAAAGUUCACCCGAAUCGAGAAAACAUUGUUCGCCAAGGAAUAAAUCUUAUUCGAGAUCACCAUCAAGAUCGUACACGAGAUCAUUGUCACCGGACAAGAGAUCAAAUCGUUCACGUUCUGGUUCUAGAGAUGAGAGAUUACGUUCAUUGUCCAAGGAAAGAAAAUCAAGAUCGCCGAGAAAUCGUUCGAGAUCACAUUCAAGAUCAAAAGAAUCGCCAAAAUCAUCUAUCAAGAGAUCAAGGUCGAGAUCUUCGUCGCGAUCCAAAUCAAGAUCAAUUUCACGAUCGAAAAAAUCUAAUUCACGAUCACCAAUUAAAUUACGAUCGAGAAGUCGAUCACCCUCGAAAAAGUCAACAAGUCGUUCUCCGUCGAAAAAGUCGAGGAGCCAUUCACGAUCAGCGUCGAGAAGUUCUCGAUCAUCCAUCAGUACCAGACGGAGUCGCAGGAGUUUCUCGAGCUCGUCUCGAUCAUCAAGCAGCCUUUCGUCGCGAUCUUCUCGAUCGUCUUCGAGUAGCUCACAAUCGAGAGCAUCACGUUCUCCAUCGAUACCACGUCGUCAUGGUUCACCCAGCUUCCUUGACAGACGUCGUAUCACCAGUGCUAGAAAAAGACCGAUUCCUUAUCAUCGGCCAACACCAUCACCUCCAUCAUCGCCAAGCAGUUCCGAGAGCAGCAGACAUUCCGAUUGGUCUAGUCCAAGUCAUAAAUCAAGUCGAUCACCAACUCGUAGUCCAUCUUACAUUCGUUAAAAUAACUUUUUUUUUUUAUCAAGAAAAAUAUUUAUUAAUUUUGUAAAGAUGGAAAACGAUUUUUGAUCAGCAAUAUUAGUGAAAAAAAUUGUAUAUAUAUAAUUUUUAUUCUUUUGAUUGAAAUUAAAAAUUUUUAUUUUUUAAUUUAGAGAUCAAAAAAAUAAAAAUUGUUCACAAUUUUUUUUUUAAAUACUCCUUUUUUGAGCUAGUUUCAUAAAAAUUCCAAUUUUUUAAAUUCUAAAAUUUCUCAUGGGACAUUUUAUUCCCAAUGAAAUUUCUUCCUUUUAACAUUCCAUAUUUAUCAAUAAUUUUCAGAAAAAUUAUCUCUCCUUCGUUUUAUCAGGAGAAAAAAAUCAAUUGUUUUUUCUCCCAAUUGCCUGCUUUCUUUAUAUACACAAAACUAUUUAAACAUAAAUUUUACACGAAUUUAUACAACUAUUGAAAGUCCUGAGAUUUUUAUAGUCGAAAGAUUUUUCUCAGACGUGGCUGGGAAAAAUUCAAGAUAAUCUACUUGCUCGUUAGGAAAAAUAAAAAUUAGGCAAGAGACCAUCUUGAUGUAUUAAUAUAUCAAAUAAUUUUUAAUUAAAUUAAAUUAAUUAGUGGUUUCAUAAAAUUAAAUUAAUUAUCAUAAAUUGAAACUUAAUUAAAUUUAUACAGAUUUAAAUUUAAUUAAUUUCCAACAAUAAAUUAAUUCAAUUUAUUAAACGAUAAAUUAAAUUAAUUUAUUUUAUAUGUAUAAAAUAAUUAAAUUUAAUUAAAAAUUGAUAACGAAUGAUUCUAAAUAGUUAAAUCAGACCACGAAGCUCAUUAAUUAGUUGCUAUUGGCUUUUUCUUUUAAAAUGCCACUAGUAAUUGUCAUCUUCUAUAGACUCUCAUUUUCCAAAGAAAAAAAAAGAAAGAAAAUAACAAGUAAAUAAAUAUAAAGAUAAUUUCUCUCUAGUCUGUAUAUUUAGGGCGAUUAAACUUUAAUGAUGUUUGUUAUACAAACAUAAUCUAGUCGAAUUUUUACAGUCAACUCGACAUAUUAGGCAAAAAUAGAUAUUUCCCUCAACUUUAUUGAUCAAUGUCUGAGAUUAUUGUGAUUCGAUAUUUUUAGUGCAAUGUUAUUCACAAUUUUCAUGUGUACAUAAAGUACAUAAUUAUUUAUAAAAAAAGUAUCUUUUAGUGCAAUUAGGUUUUUUUCAUUAUUUUUUUUUUACGAAAAAUCUAUUUUUUACAAAAACUUAUUUAUUAGUGAAUUUAACUCCAUCCAUUCCAAUAUUUCAUAUUUAUGAAUAAAACUAAGUUUUAUUUAUAAAUAUUAAUAGAAAAUAAUAAUUAUUAAUUAAAAUUUCUAUAAUUAUUCUUUUCGAAAAAUAUGUUUUUAUUGAUUUUAUUUCCAUUUUUUUACUAUAUUCUUGAAAUUAAUCAUUUUUUCGUUUAGUUUUAUAAAAUUAUUUCCAAAUUAAUUGUACAUAAAAGUGAAUAUUUAUUUAUUAUUAUUAUUAUUUAUAUUAUUACCUAUUUAUUUAU